UAUACGAUCAUGGCACGUUAUCAGCUCAUCGGUUCCAUGCUGCUCCUGGCCAUAUUGAUGGCCCAAACGGGAGCUGAGGCGCCUCGUCGUCUGCGUUACCAGCGACAACGUCAGCUGCUUGCCAGACAGGAAGUGCCACCAACUCCAUAUCCCUCAGCUGAAGAGUUGAAGCCUGAGGAGCCAGCGCUCAUCUACGGACCACCGCCAUCAACGGAUCUGGAUGAGCUGCCAGUGGAGGAGGAGCCAGCAGUGAAUAGCUUUCAGCCAGAAGUCGAGCCGGAGACUGUUGCUGAUGCCGAGGAAUUGGAUGAGAACUCAUUGGAGCUGACAACGCCUGCAGCUGCUGCUCCAGCUCGACUCCGCAGCAGUCGCCAGAGAUUGGCCAAGCUGCAACUGGUUAAACCAAAGGCACAAUCCAAGCGUCAACGCAUUGCGCGCCUGGAGGAGUUGCCCGUUGAGGUUCCCGCUGCUGUUGCUCCUGUUGCUCCUGUUCCAGUUGCUGCUGCUGUUCCGACUCCUCAAUUCUAUUAUGUGGGUGCCCAGCAGCCCUACGCUGUGGCCUAUGCAGCUCCACAGCAGCUGGCCUGGUAGAAAGCUCAUAUAUUGAUGGAUUGAUGAAUUGUUAUUGAUUAUGCUUAGCCUUAUAUUCUUUUUGUCUAUUAAAUAACGUUAAACAUA